UUGUGGGAGCCAUUUUGAGCCACUUUAUUAACUUGUAAAAAGAGAGUCAGCGACAGGUUAUAGAGGGAAAAAGGAUUCUAAAACUGGGGGCAUGAAUUGGAGGUAGUCGUGGACUCUCUCUUUACCUUUCUCUUCCUAUGAUAUACACAUUUGAGAUGCUUUCUCAAACGUUGGUUUUCUGUGUGGCUCUCUUUUCUUAUCCCUACCAACAAUCCCAGGCCUAGCCCUUUUUAUUAUAUUCACAAAUAUGUAUAGCAUGAAGGGUUUAUCUCUUCAACUAGUCACUCAAUUUCUAAAAAAAAAUAUGUCGAAUCAAGAAAAUGGCAUGCCCGAAGAAAUGCAACCGUGGACAGAACUAAAAUUACCUGAUCUGUUGAGUACUGACACCAUUCGAGAACUUCAUGCAGCCAUUGAAAGUGAAUGGGAUUCCUCAAGGCGAUCAGCGUGCCAGAUAGCAGCUGGACGAGCGUUGUGGAAGCACGCGAUCCACGAUCCACUCGCAGAGCUGUUUGCAGGAGAGACAUACAUGAGAAGCAUUUAUGAAAAGAUUAAGAAAGACCGGCUUAACAAUGCCAGAGAAAUUUCGGGGGUGAUUGUUGCUGUUCGAACCCUUUGGUUCGAUUCAAAGCUUGAAGCAGCUCUCAGUUCCUUUGGUGGUGGAACAGCACAAGUUGUCCUCUUAGGUGCAGGUGAGUGCCAAAGCUCAUAACAUUUCAAUAUAGAAAAUCAAGAUAUUUCCUUUCGCAUCUGUUUAAUUAUCAAAUUUGCAUAAUAAACAUGCCAUAAGGGAGCUUCAAACAUGAAAUAUGAAUUAUGAAGUACAGGCGUUGAAGAGGAACAGGGGAUAGGAGAUCAUAUACAAGAUGACUGGCUUGAAAAGCUUCAAAUGUCAGGAUUUGAGCCAAAGAUGAAUACAGUCUGGGUUUUAGAGGGCAUCCUCUAUUAUCUCCCACACUCUGAUGCCAUGAAGGUGCUAAAAAGUAUUGCAGACAAAUGCAAUCUUACACACACAGUGCUCUUAGCAGACUUCAUGAACAAGCAAGCAACCACACUAUCCAACUCCAUCUUUCAAUUCUACAGUGAUUGGCCUGAUCAGUUACUGCCAUCUCUAGGAUUUUCUGAUGUGACGCUUUCUCAGAUUGGUGAUCCAGAUGCCCAUUUUGGCCUGUUGCAAGAUCCACUAAAUUUGUUCAACAAGUUACGCAAUUUGCCGAGAUCAAUUCAAACUCACCCAGAUGAUGGAACACCAUGCUGUCGCUUGUAUUUGUUACAAGCUUCUGGCUCACCUAGUCAAACCAUUUCUUGAGGUUCAGUAACACAAAUUGGCAGGCAACAGAACAGCAUAUAGACUUAUCACUCCAAAAAGUCAUAUGACAAUAAUCAACUAGUAUGCAAGCACCAAAUCUAAGACAAUAAGAAAAUGCGGCGGAGAAAAGGAGCUACAUGCCUAACCUUGACAACAUUUAUGCACAAUGCCUAUUCCCAAAUUGGAAAUCCAUGACCUCACUACUCUUUGGCAUGGGAGCAAUGCCCUCUAAAUAUUAUAUACUUCUCACUCUUAUAAAUCAUGAAGUGUACUAGGACAUUUUCAUGUGGUGGAGAUUCUUCCUUUGCAUAUCAAAUAGAAUUCACAACAUUUUCCUGA